AUGUCAUCCCCGUGCAAAAAAUCCGCAGACAGUUGUAAUUUACACAAGCUGCUUGCCAUGACGCAUGUGCGCCCCAAGAAUGCCAAAAUUGACCAGCAUGGCAGACCACUCUUGGCCAGCAAUGCUGCCCUCAGUUGGUUCACAGAGCGAGCUACCAUGGACGACCGCUAUAGCCGCUGGACGGCCCACGGCAGUGGAAGCUUUCUCGAAGCCUUGACGCGGAGACACAGGUAUUUCGCCAUCGGCUUCCCUCACGCCAGCAACAACACCUCGGACGGCAUGUGGUCAACCUUCUCGGAGGGUCAUGGAUCGCAUCGCUGGAAAGGAACCACUGAUGGUGCCAUGGAAGAAGGGUUCCAGCCGUUGGACUUGCAGGUGUAUUCCGCCCGCGACACUCGCACUGCCCCAGUGCCCAAAGGCAGUUGUCGUGCUUCAACGAAAGCUUCAAGUGUAAGCGCCAGAGUCUGCGGCGAAGGAGCUGUUGAAGGUGCAUCCAACGCCAGUACAAGUGACCGACAUUCCCGGCUCAGUGGUCUACCGGAUCUACCGCGGUCAGACGACUCAAAAGCUUCCUCUGAGUGCACCUAUGUGCGACGCCUGGUACUGCUUGGCCUCACCACAUGGAAAUUUGGCGAAAUGUCGGCAUGCGUCAAGAUUCAGGAAGCCUUACGCCGGGUGCAGCCAAAGCCACAUGUGAGUGGUCCGGUUCGCAAGCUGGACUGGGACAUGUUCGCCGUGACAGCGCAGCGGGACUUUGAGUUCGAAGCGACAGGCAAACGCGCUAUUCAUCCCACGGUGAUUCCAGGAGCAAAGCCUCUGGCGAAUGAUCGCAAAAAGAAGAAGAAGGAAGAGUAACAGCAGCAUCAGCAGCCGAAGUUUCAAAGAGAAACGACGAAGGGAACAGCGAUGG